AUCCCGCACCUAAAAGCAAAUAAAAACAACAAAAGAAUGAAUAAUAAGGAAUCCAACAUCUAAUAGUCAGUUCGUGACUGAACUCCAGGGCACCUCAACAGCAUUUGCCCAGGUUCCCAAAGUGUUUUUUUUUCUCCAUGCGUCUGAACAAAGAACGAUUCGUCAAACUGACGGCCAUUGGCCUUCUCAACACUCUAGCGAUUAUGCUCGUUAGUUACGGUGAUUGGGACUACAUCGAAAGUUAUUACCAUUCGUGGCAGCAGCUGCAACAACAGAACACUGAUGGCAAACACAAUUCAAUUCAAAUCAAAACGAUCCUCUUCUGGAAUGGGCCGAGACGAUCUGAGAUGACCAUUUUCGGCACCGGACACGACGCUUUCGUUCAGCACGGCUGCCCAGUCAGCGACUGUGAAAUCGUCAACAGUCCGUACCAAUACCCAGACCGUCCACUCGACUCUUACGACGCCAUCCUUUUCAAUUUCAACGACGAAUUUUGGUUAUCGAAACGGCCGGAGUAUCAGCGUCGACCUCACCAGCGAUUUGUUUUCUUCACACAGGAGCCGCCACCGUCCAUCGAGCCCAUGAACAUCGCUGGAUAUACCAAUUACUUUAACUGGACGAUGACGUAUCGACGCGAUUCGGACAUUCUUUUGCUUUACGGAAGGAUCCGGCCGAAACCGUCGGCCCCCACGACCAGCGAAGAAAUUCAGGCGAGGAUCAGAGAGACUCGCACAAAGUUCAACUGCGAUCGAAUCGAAGUAGACGAUAAUAAAACCACGGGGACGGCCAGUGCCAUUUGUAACGAAAAAACGAAGAAAAAGAAAAGUCUGGUGGCUGCCAUGAUAUCUCAUUGCACGACAGACGGACGUCGAGAACAUUACAUCAAACGAUUAAAGAAACACGUCAAGGUGGACGUGUACGGAUUUUGCGACGAAGACGAUCUCGGCUCCGGUCUGCGCUGCGAACCUCACGAACUGUUGACGUCGACGCCCGAAUGUUACGACAUGUUGGAAUCCAACUACAAAUUCUACCUGUCUUUCGAGAACGCCAUCUGUAGUGAUUACGUCACGGAGAAGUUUUUCAACAUCAUGAGCCUGCGCAAUAUCGUGCCCGUCGUUUACGGUGGCGCCGAUUACGCCCAACUGGCGCCCGAACAUUCUUACAUCGACGCACUGGAAUUCGAGCCGGAUCAGUUGGCCGACUACCUGAAAAUGCUCGACGCCAACGACACGCUGUACAACGAGUACCUGUGGUGGAAGGAUGAUUACGUCGUCGAGUCCGAUCUGCAGGAUAUGGUCAAUCACGGCUUCUGCGACCUCUGUCAGAAAUUGCACGCCGACGAAGGCCGAAUCAAGUAUUAUCCGAGUUUAUUGCCCAAGUGGCAUCCUGGACGAUGUUUCCGGCCUCAUUACAAAUCCAACAGCAAUAGCAGUAGGAGAAGGCUGGUUAAGAAAUCGCCGCUUCGUGAUCGAUUAACUUGGACCAUGGGACUGCCCACUUAAUUUGUUCUUCUUCGUUUCAAGGCAGGCAGAUUAGAAAUUUAGAAUUACUGGAAGAUUGUCGAGAAAGCUAAUUGAUUUAUUUGUUGAUUUCUUUGCACUUGUUUGUUAUUUGAACUAUGAAAUAAAGAGUAAUGUAUAUUUGUUGGAUUGCUUUGUUCAUGGAAUCUGUAUACAUAUAAAGUUACAUGUGCUCUUUAUACAAUUACACGCAAGAUUUAAAAA